AUGGAGGGAAUUAGGUUUUGUUUCUUGUUUUUUAUUUUUUCCGUUCCGACGAUAGAGGCGAAUAUUGCCCAUUAUGAUGAAUUUUGGCAAAAACGAGCCGAAGAAGCAAAGAGCAGUGCUCGUGUUGCGUACCGUUCUAAGCCCGAGGAAGUCAUCAACCAACUUAACCAUGAAGUUCAUUUGACUGUAACAGGGAGAAGAAACAACACGAGGAAACUGCACAAAAAGUACAAUGGGCCAUGCAUGACCACGAACCCGAUCGACCAGUGCUGGAGGUGCGACAGAAACUGGGCUAAAAACCGACAGAAGCUAGCCGAAUGUGCUCAAGGGUUUGGCCGGAAAGCCACCGGUGGGAAAGAUGGGAAGAUCUACGUUGUCACAGAUCCAUCUGAUAACGACAUGGUUAACCCUAAGCCAGGAACUCUACGACAUGCUGUAAUUCAACUAGAACCCCUUUGGAUAAUAUUCGAGCGUGAUAUGGUGAUUCAGUUGGCUCAAGAGUUGAUCAUGACCGGCAAUAAGACGAUCGAUGGUCGUGGGGCCCAAGUGCACAUAGCACAUGGAGCAGGUCUUACUCUACAGUUUGUGCAAAAUAUAAUCCUUCAUAGCCUCAAGAUUCAUGAUAUAAAGGCAGCAAAUGGUGGGAUCAUCAGAGAUUCAACAACUCAUCAAGGUUUCCGUACGAGAAGUGAUGGUGACGGGAUAUCAUUGUUCGGGGCCGUAAAUGUGUGGAUUGAUCAUAUUUCUAUGUCCAACUGUCAAGAUGGACUCAUAGACCUUGUGAAUUGUAGUACAGCAGUUACCAUCUCCAACUGCCAUUUCACCCACCACAAUGAUGUACUGUUGUUUGGAGCAAGUGACACCAAUCCACAGGAUGAGAUAAUGCAAGUAACUGUAGUAUUUACCCAUUUUGGCAAAGGUUUGGUGCAAAGAAUGCCAAGAUGCCGAUUCGGGUUUGCUCAUAUUCUCAACAAUGACUACACACACUGGCUCAUGUAUGCUAUCGGUGGCAGCAGUCAUCCUACAAUCUUAUGCCAGGGCAACCGGUUCGUAGCCCCUGCUGACCGAAAUGCCAAAGAGGUGACAAAAAGGACUCAUGCACCUGAAAGUGAAUGGAAACACUGGAUAUGGAAGUCAGAUGGAGAUCUUCUGACUAAUGGAGCCUUCUUUGUACAAUCUGGGGAUCCUGGACACAAGUUUAAAAUGACGGAAGAUAUGAUUAGUCCAAAGCCUGGAUCAUACGUCAGCAGCCUUACUCGCUUUUCUGGUGCUCUUAACUGUGUUGAACACACCCCAUGUUAGCUUUUAUGCA